AUGUGGGUCCCACCCGCCCAUAGACCACUACCGCCUCCCACCUCACCGGCAAUCACGAAUACACUCGCUCUGUGGGACAAACUUAACCUCAAAUACGACCUGUCCUUCUUCCUUUCUCCAGUCACACCCAUAUACCGGCAUGACAUCAAAACAUUUUCUCAUCUUCGACCAACUGGACUUCUCCAGACUGAUAACACCUAUAUUACCAAGGAGAGGUUUUCAUGUACACUGAUUUACCAAACCCAGGAGACCUACGCUCGUCAGACCACUUCUAAUACCUGCAACUCAGAGAUCUGGUUAACACCCACCAUAAUCAAACAAGCAGGAACAGCACUGCCAACAGCAUUCGAACGACAAAGCUUCGACGUCCCAAUGCAAUCCGGUCAGGUCUCUGCUAUUUUUUUUUAG